AUGGUUGGGUACAACGAGCCUCACGUUCUACUUCUGGUAACGCAAGGCGCGCAAAAGAAGAUCAGUAGCACACCACCGCCAAGGAUCAAAGCGAUCAUAGCCAAGAUCGUCCACGCAGUGGAGGCCGAGGUCACACGAGUAGAUAGCAGUCUUUUGGCCGCUGGCAGGUCGACCACCUCGUCGGUAUUCAAACCUAAUCUCUUAGCCUUGCUGAGCAAGAACUUGAGACGACGCGAUGCCUUCUCGCAAGACAUCCUCGAUGAUCUCUUCUACUGUAGCCUUCGAAUUUUCUCCAAUUACGUUCCUCCGCUAUUCGUCAUUGUAUUUAAACAGCUCCACGAAUUACCAAUUCCUCUGACAUUUACAAUAUUUUUCUGUUAUUUACUUGUCCUCUCGUUCUGUUCUCUUUCCGUUGAAAAAUACUCCUUUGUCAAUGUGGACUGGAUUUUUGAAAGAUCUUGUCAACUAGCUGUUACCGAGGAAGAGGCUGUUGCAAGAAUUUUAACUGUUGUCUACGUCUUGCAUCGUGUAUUUUGAUUUGAAUCGAUCUAAGUUCACCGUUCGAAGAUCGGCACAGUGGCGCACUCUAGUGGUAUCUUGUACAGUUAAUUCAUGGGUAGCUCACAACCUGGCAAUGGUGUAUAUAUCUUCCUGAUUAUACGAGGCAUGGAUGGCAUCGUGAAUUUUCUCUAUUCUCUGU